AUGUCAAUUAUGAUGUUGACAACAUUACCACAAGCACAAGCACUAAAAGAAAAAGGAAAUUUGGAACUUUGGAAUAAAAAUUAUGUGGGUGCGUUGGAAUAUUUCGAUAAAGCAAUCGAUGCAGAUCCAAACAAUAUGGAACUACCACUCUCGAGAGCAGCAGCACUAAAUUCUUCUGGAAAUUUCGAUGCCGCCAUCUUGGAGUGUCAGAAAACCGUUGAUAUGGUAAAUAAGAUCAAUAUGGACGAUGACGACGAAGACAAUGACCAAGCUGCGCAGUCCAACAACACUAUACAACCUCCACUCGAUCAAGACGAUAUGGCACGUAUCCUGCAGAUGAAAUCGAGAGCCUAUGCAAGAAUGGGAACUGCCUACUUGGGAAGCUGUAAGUUUUCAGAGUCGAAACGUUGCAUCGUCAAGGCUAUCAAUACCUACAAUUGUGUGGAGUUUGAAGAGAUGCUAACAUGGAUCAACGAGCUGAUAAAGUUGUCGACCACCGAAGCAAAGACACUCUUCAAGCAAGCCAACCAACUUUACUACGAGAAGCGCUAUGAUGAAGCGACCUCGAUGUACACUGAAGCGAUCGCCAUCGAUAAAUUCAACAAUAUCUUGUAUGCCAAUCGUUCAAUGUCCUAUUGCAAACAAAAGAAAUUCAAAGAGGCAAUAGAAGAUGCUAAUACUUCAAUAGAAAUACAAGAGACUGAUAAACAAUUUAAUUAUUUACCAUAUUAUUCAAAAGCAAAUGCAUUGUAUGCACAGUCUGAAUAUCAAGAAUCAUUGGUUUAUUAUAAUGAAGCAUUAAAGUUAAAGACUGAUUCUGCUCCAAUACAAAAGAAGAUUAAAAAGAUAAAUUUACUUUUGAAAGGAAAACAACCAGUAAAAACAAAGAAGAAAUCAACAAAGAAUAAUAAUAAUAAUAGUAAAAAUAAUAAUAAGAAUAAAAACAAGAAUAAUAAUAAUGUUGAAAGUAAUACAACUACAACUACAACAACCACCACUACAGCUACAUCAAGCCAUCCUACUAGUAGUAGAAUUGCAAUGAUUGAUAGAUUUAGAAAAGAGUCGAUCGGAUUUGAAGAGGAUGAGAUUCAAGAUACUAGAAAUGAUGAUGCCGUUAGUGAAGUGCCUGCCGAUGCUCAUGAAAUGACAACCGCUCCAAGAGUGUCUGAUACAGUCUCUGAAAUAUCUGAAGCAUCCGAAUUUAGAACACCUCCAACAACCAACAAUACUAAAAGUAUCAUACAAAGAUUGAAUGAUAUGGAGAAACAGAAACAACAACAACAACAAAAGUCGUUAAAUACAAUCGAUGAAGAGGAGAUAGAACAACAUCUAGAAGAUGAACAAGAAGAGAAUGAAGAACUACAACAAAACCACCACCACCACCAUCAUCAUAUUCAAGAAGAGGAAGUUGAGGAAGGUGAGGAAGAAGAAAAAGAGUAUGAGGAUGAUAUUGUACAACAAGAACCAAGUGAUGAAGAAGAAAAAGAUGAAGAGUUACCAAUAGACAAACAAAAGAAUCAAACUGCCACUAAAAAGAAGCCAGUUGCAAUGCCAAGCUAUCAAUAG